AUUCCAUGAGACAUGGAUGCGAUAUUUGGUAGAAAUAGAGAAGAACAUCCAGAGCCGAUAAAAGCUCAGGUGCAAGGUCAGUUGCCCACUUGGUUGAAAGGGAUGCUUCUCCGAAACGGGCCAGGGAUGCACACAAUAGGAGACACAAAGUAUAACCACUGGUUUGAUGGCUUGGCUCUGCUGCAUGCCUUUACAUUUAAAAAUGGUGAAGUUUACUACAGAAGUAAGUAUCUCCGAAGUGACACGUACAAGUGCAAUAUAGAAGCAAAUCGAAUUGUGGUGUCUGAGUUUGGAACGAUGGCUUAUCCAGAUCCAUGCAAAAACAUAUUUGCCAAGGCAUUCUCAUACAUGUCUCACACCAUUCCCGAGUUCACAGACAACUGCCUGAUCAACAUUAUGAAAACUGGGGAUGAUUUUUAUGCUACCGGUGAGACUAACUUCAUCUGGAAAAUUAAUCCGCAGACUCUGGAGACACUAGAGAAGAUUGACUACAGCAAAUACAUAGCUGUAAAUGUGGCAACUUCUCACCCACACUAUGACAGUGCUGGAAACGUUCUCAACAUGGGUACUUCAAUAGUUGAUAAAGGGAAGACAAAAUACAUGCUAUUUAAGAUUCCUCCCUCUGUGCCAGAAAACGAAAGGAAGAAAUCUUGUUUUAAACAUCUGGAAGUGGUAUGCUCCAUCCCUUCUCGCUCUCUGCUCAACCCAAGCUACUACCAUAGCUUUGGAAUCACAGAAAAUUACAUUAUCUUCAUAGAGCAGCCACUCAAACUGGAUAUUGUCAAAAUGGCAACUGCUUACAUCCGAGGUGUGAGCUGGGCGUCCUGCCUUGCCUAUCACAAGGAAGAGAAGACUUGGUUUCACUUUGUAGACAAGAAGACUAAAAAAGAAGUAUCCACCAAGUUUUAUACCGAUGCUCUGGUGCUUUUUCACCAUAUAAAUGCUUAUGAAGAGGAUGGCCACAUUAUUUUUGAUAUUAUUGCCUAUACAGACAGUAGCUUAUAUGACAUGUUCUAUUUAAAAAAACUGAGUACAGACUUUGAAGAGAACAACAAGCUUACCUCCAUACCAACUUGCAAGCGAUUUGUUGUUCCUCUGCAGUAUGACAAGGAUGCCAAAGUAGGUUCUAAUUUAGUCAGGCUUCCAUCUACCGCAACUGCCAUAAAAGAGAAAGAUGGCAGCAUCUAUUGCCAACCUGAAAUACUGUGUGAAGGGAUAGAACUGCCUCGCAUCAAUUACGACUAUAAUGGCAAAAAAUACAAGUAUGUCUUUGCAGCAGAAGUCCAGUGGAAGCCAGUUCCUACAAAGAUUGCAAAAUUUAAUGUCCAGACAAAGGAAAUGCUCCACUGGGAAGAGGACCACUGCUGGCCAUCUGAGCCUGUUUUCAUUCCCAGCCCUGAUGCAAGAGAAGAGGAUGAUGGUAUUGUUCUGACCUGUAUUGUGACGUCUGAUCCAAAGAAAGCACCCUUCCUACUUGUCUUGGAUGCUAAAACAUUCCAAGAAUUGUGCCGAGCCACAGUAGAUGUAGACUUGCAUCUGGACCUGCAUGGAAUGUUUAUACCAGAGAAAGACGUGAAGACUGAGACUGAGUAA